AUGGCGUCCGCAAACCAGUACACCACGUCUGAUCCAGACAUUGUAGAAGAGAAGCCGAACUUGAGCCAUACAAUGUCUGCCGGAGCCAUUUCCAUCACUCCGGAAAUGUUCGAAAAGCUCUACCUCACUCCCAAAGUCCCUCAUGUCGGCGACAACAUCAAGCGAUUCGCCAAUCCGACUCCAAUGGGCUUCGUUGGCUUUGUCAUUUCCACCAUGACAUUCGCGAUAAUCAUGAUGGGCUGGGGUGGCGCCGAAGGCCUGUCGCCUGUCGUCGGCAUCUUCUUCUUCGUCGGCCCUCUUCUCCUUGUCUUGACCACCAUCUUCGAGUGGAUCAUGGGAAACUUCUUCUCCAUGAUGGUGUGUGGUCUGUUCUCGGUGUUCUGGCUCAGCUUCGGGAUGCUGCAACUGCCCACGCUCGGCCUGGCAGCGCCCUACUCGGCGAGCGGCACCGACGCUGUCUCAGGCGCCGCGACCAAGGAGUUCAACGCCGUUGUGGCCCUCUACCUGAUCGUCUGGGGGUUCGCAUUGUUCACCUUUUUCAUCUUCACCCUCAAGACCAAUAUCGUCCUCACGCUCAUCUUCCUCUUCGUCACCAUGGCCUGUUGGGUCCUGAGCGGAGCCUAUUGGAAGGUGAGCAAGGGUGACUAUGCCAAGGCCCACACUUUGCAGGUGACUGGCGGCGCGCUUCUCUUCAUCGUCGGCUGUCUUGGCUGGUACAUGACGUUCGUCAUGAUGGCAGCCGAGGUGCGUAUGGCCAUAACCCUGCCAGUGGGUGACCUCAGCCAUUUCUGGCCAAAGACAGACAUUGAAAUGGGCCGCGCGGAAAAGCAGGCUUGA